UUUUUUUAGCGCGAGGGGGAAGAAACAGAUUCGCGCUCCGGGGCUGGGUUGCGCUACACUCAGGCGUAGGCUACUUCCCACAACAAACACAGACGGAUACGCACACUGACAAGCCUCUUUGGAAAGACACGAUAGAGAUACUUGUUUGGACCAAGCAUGGGAGCGGAAGAAGAAAAGACAAACACAUGUGGGACUAUCUGUCUGAAAUAUCUACUCUUCACAUUCAACUUCAUAUUUUGGUUGGCAGGGGGCGCUGUGGCUGCAGUGGGUGUGUGGACCUUGGUGGAUAAGAGCGAGUACAUCAGCCUACUGGCCUCCAGUGCAUACUCUGCCUCUGCUUACGUCCUUAUCUUGGCCGGGGUUGUCGUCGUGGCAACAGGAGUACUUGGUUGUUGUGCCACCAUUAAGGAGCACAGGGGAUUCCUGAUAGUGUACUUCGUCCUGCUCCUGUGUAUUUUCCUGUUGGAGAUCACGGCUGGGGUGUUGGCAUAUGUCUACUACCAGGAGUGUUUCCCUCUCUGCUAUCAGCUGAGCGAUGAGCUGAGAGUGAACCUGAAGGACACUAUGGUGAAUAAGUAUAAUCAGACUGGUCAGGAACAUGUCACUGAUGCAGUGGACAAGCUACACCAGGAUCUGAAGUGCUGUGGCAGUAUCAACUACACUGACUGGAGAGAUGGGGCAUGGAAGAAACUGGCUGGUGAUAGGGUGGUUCCUGACAGCUGUUGCAAGACUCGCUCAAAUCGCUGUGGGCUUAGAGACCACCCCUCCAACAUCUACAAUGUGGAGGGAGGCUGUAUUGGUAAAUUGGAAGAGUUCCUGCUGCAGCACCUGCAGAUCCUUGGAGGCGUCGGCAUCGGCCUUGCCUUCAUCCAGCUGGUGGGGAUGAUAUUCACCUGCUGUCUUUACCAAAGCCUGAAGGAGGACCCCUACUGACCCUUGCAGGAUGUGGACAACCCCCUUUUCUGGAGAAUUCUCUUUGUCUGAAUUUGUUGUGCACAAUAACAUAAAGGAAGAUGAAGGAAAAGAUGGGCCAGCAUGAAUAAGCAAAUCCAAAUCCCCAAGCAGAAAGAGGAGAAGCCUUGAAGGAAAAUGAAACAUUGUUGCUGCUGGACGGCUAAUCACGCUUUCUGUAACUUUAAAUAAAAAAAAAUCCCCUUUUGCUAUCGCACAUGUAAUGCUGCUUAACAGGAAACACUUAUAAAUAGAUCAUGAAAGACAGCAAUGACAGAUGAAAGGGGAUACACUGUAGUAGUAUAGCCCACUAGAUAGCCUACUUUAGUGGCCUCUGAGCCACACACUGAUUGUAACUGGUGGAUGCUUUGCUUGAAUGUCACAGCUUAUAGAUGUUUAACUAUUUCACUCUUACUGUAACAAUUCACACAACAAUUAUACAUUUUCCUUUCUAUUUUUAGAUAAUGCAUCCUAGGAUUUUUGUAUCACAUACUGUAUAUAACAAGUGGAUCAUGGCAAUACAGAAAUACAAACAGCUCA